UUUCGCCAGGAAUGCCCUUCAGCGAGCUGGCCUCUGGAAUAGUUAGAUUAGCAUUGGCCCUGUCCUUGACUGUAUACUUGUUUAUCAUGAAACGGAAAUGCUGAAUAAAAAAACAGGAGGUUAUUCUGAAGGAAAUUGGAAAUAUGUAACCAAAUAAAUAGUUUUUUUUUUAUUUUUAAAAGUAGUUAUACCUGUGGAAGCAGUGUCAUUCUAGGAAAACUUAAUUCUCGUCACUUUUUCGGAUAUUAUUCAGAUAUGAAUAGGGGAUCGCCGGGGGACGCUAGUUCUUCAGAGUCGUCACUCAAUAUGAGUAGUCGCAAGCUGAGGAUCUGCAAGUAUGUGAUCUACGUUUUAUGGGUGAUCAAUUUCCUUUUAACCUUUGCUGACAUUUAUAUGUAUUAUCUCAGGCUGAGGAAGUACAUGGAUUGCUGGAAGUGUUUCUUUAGGUCCUAUAUGUAUGUCGCGCUAACUUUAUCUGUUCUGAAGAUUCCACUGCUGAUCGUGGCACUACCCUUGGUAUAUCUUCACCUAUCCAGCGAAAUUCGUAUUUAUGCAACGGUGCUGUUCCUAGCCACUUGGUUGCAGAUGAUGUUGACUUUUUUGUUAGCACAGGAGUACCAGGCUUCAGGCGACGUACUUCGACUAUGGAUAAAUCAUAAGAGUUUGGAGUUCUUCGAAGUCCACUCCAAGUGCUGCGGCGUGGUUGGACCGGACGACUACAAGUUGAAAGAAAUGAAGAUACCCAGAUCCUGCUACAAGGGUGGCUCCUUAAGGCAGGAGGAUCUGUACCAAGCUGGUUGCUCCACGCGCUCCAUAAAGCCACCGAUUGUGCCCAUCCCCCAGGUGAUCUCCGUGAUAUUCCAGUACGUAUUGGUCCUAGCGAUUGUAAUCUACCUGGUAAUCAUGAUUCGAAACCGGGCCCAUCGUCGCACUGUAUGGUCCGUGCGUCGCACCGAAUUGUUUGGCUCUGCAGAGGCCGCGGAACUGCGAACUAAUCCUGAGGAUUCGAAGAGAAGCGAACUUGAGGGUUACUUCACAGUUCCACGUAGAAUCUAAGCAGCAGCAGCAACAGAGGAGGAUUUCAUGUGGUAUUCAAUUUCGGAUUCGGUUUGCCCUGGGAAUGGGUAUUGGCACUGGCGGGCGAGACAAAUUGGAUGCUGCCGGCUCUCGUCAUAUUUCACGGACUGCAAUCAAUAACGAUAAACACUUGAGUCGCAAAUCCAGAAUCGAGAAUCAAAUGUCCAGGAUCCUGUCCGAUGGCAUGCAUAUGGAUGAGCCAAUAAAGAAAUCAACAAAGCAUGUCCGACGAUUGAAAAAGUAUUGCAAAUGCCGGGACAGCCGGCAAUUCGGACACGGAAUCGGGCAACAAUCCAAUCCGG